AUGAUUGGAACAAAGCUUAUCUUCUCCGCUGCAUCUCAUCCACAAACAAAUGGACAAGUAGAAAGUGUUAUUGAAUGUAAAGGUUGUAAACAAACAUUUUGCGAUGAACAUUUCACCGGACAUAGACAAAAACUUGCCAUAGAACUUGAUCAUAUUAUCUGUGAUCACGAUAUAUUACUAGAACAGCUAUUCGAAUCAUCACUAUCGUCGUCAGCAAAUCAGUCUUCAGAACAACCCGUUGUGGAAGCAACUGAUCAAUGGGAGCAUGAGAUGAUCGUGAAAGUCAAACAAGCUGCUGAUGUAGCAAGACAAAAGGUUUUUCAAUUUUGUAAUAAAAUCAAUGAAACAGUAAAAGAAGAUUUUCGGUUAAUGGCGAAUGAUAUUCGAGCGAAAAAAUUGACACAAAACUUUGCUGAAACCGAUUUACAACGAUGGAAACAACAAUUAAAACAAUUUCAUCAGCUUAUAGUCCCAUAUGCAUUAGCUUCGAUAACUGUCUCAACAACGAAAAGUAACAAAAUUGAUUGGACAUCAUUGAUCGAAAUAGAAGAAAUUGCAGAUGUGCAGCUAACUAAAUUGCCAUUAAAAGAUACAUUCGAUUUUAGUCAGUUAACUACAGCAAAACCAAGAUUAGUACUUGAUAUUCCCAUUGGGGAAUGGAGUUUGUCUGGUGCCUCAUUCAGUUCCUUUCUUCAUUAUCGACAUGAAGCAGCAACCGAAAAGCUUUGGUUAAUGAAGACAAAUAAUGGUCAAACUGUAAUAAAAUGGAACAAUAAUGAAAUAACUGAUAUGUGUUGGUCAAUAUAUCUAAAUAGAUUCGUACUACUUGCGCUCACUAAAAUCUAUACCUAUGAUGAACGAACAAAUCAAAUUCAGCAAACAUCGUUAGAAUCAAAUGAUGUGGACUUUUGA